AAGAAGAAGAAGAAGAAGGCAUGGCAAAGAAGGCAGAGAAGAUCUCCACGUUAAUACUCGAAGUGGAUCUCUGUUGCUGCAAGUGCCACAGAAAGAUCAAAAAAAUCUUGUGCAAGCUCAAAGACCAAGAGAACAUCAAGGAGAUCAAUUUUGACGUGAAGAAUAACAAGGUGAUAAUCUCUGGUCCUUUUGAUCCUCACACCCUCACAAGAACCCUCUACUUCAAAGCUUGCAAAAUUAUCAAAAAAAUCACCACUCCUCCUCCAGAUCCAAAUCCAACUCCAACUCCACUUCCAACUCCCAAACCCACCAAGCCUGAGUUGCCACCCGGACCACCUUGCUGCGCUAAACCAACCUACCAGUGGUUGUAUGGAAAGCUCAAAUGCGCAUCUUGUGGGAUGGUGUACACGUGGACCAAUAAAUGCCUGCCACCUCCUGCCGAUCCCUGCAAGCAUCAGUGCCCGUCCGAAGUACCGGCCGUUUGUUGCCCUCAACCAAGUUACGUGGGGAUGUGUGGAGGGACAAUGUGUACAUCUUGUGGCCCCCAGACCAAUCAAGACCCGCCAACUGUCACAGUCUCUAAUCAAGUCUGUGUUCCUCAAUCUAACCAUGCCUAUGGCUGUGCUUGUGGUUGUGGCCAACUUAAGCCCUGCCACUUUAUCUACGAUGAUAACACACCUUCAUGCACCAUCAUGUGACAUGCAGAUCCCUGCACGUACUGCUAGCUUAUAUUCUCUUAUAUAUGUUUUUAUUUAUUAUAUUUUGCUACAUUUUAAAAAAAUAUAUAUCCUGUCAUGCAGUACUGUUCGUAACUUCUUU